UUCAGUAUUUCAGUAUGUAAGCGUUGAUUGGAUCGCAAUGAACAGCGCAUUAACUGCGAUCACAGUGCUCGUCAGCCUGCUUGUUAUCUUUUUGAACGGAUCUGUUUACGGAUCGGUGAGUUUUCUGUACAAUGACUGCGGAACAAACUACCAGGAAUCGGGACCGGGUCCCUGGACGGCUUUAUUGCACGAGAACGGGGCCAUCUUUUGUGCCGGAACACUGAUCACUAAAUACUUUAUACUGACUGCAGCGAACUGCAUUAAAACUAAUGCCAUCGUAAAAGUUCGCUUGGGGGAGUACGGAAGGAAACUUCCUAGUUUGGCUGAAGAUCAUUUGGUGCAAUUAUCUCUAAGGUACCGAUACUUCAAUAAUCAAUCGAGUGCCAAUGACAUUGGUCUACUGAAACUGACCAAGGAAGUGCAGUUUAAAGACUACAUAAAGCCGAUCUGCAUUAUUUCGGGCUCAAAUUCGCGACCAAAGGAAUUCAUUGGAUACGCCUGGAACCAGUUAAUGACGGAUAUUCAAGCAAAUACGAGUAUCUAUGGGACAAAGGAGUUUGUGCCCAUUCGCAUUGAACCCAAGCGCGACUGCAAAGAUAUUGACUUCUACAGCCAGUUUUGUGCUGGCAAUGUAGGAGAUUCGCUGUCAUGCGAUGGACUAUCCGGCUCGGCAUUGGCUCAAAACCAUAGAUUUCCAUACCAAAACCGAUAUGUUCAGUUUGGUAUCGCUACCCUGAGCGAUAUGGAUUGCCAGGAAGCACAGGGCUACACCAGCGUAACGGAUUUCUACCUGUGGAUUCAGGAUGUGGUGACAUUGUUCGAACAUAAUAAAUAUAUGCCCAAGCACAGCUAUUCGGCAAGUGCUACAAGUCAAAGGGUUUACUAAACUGAACACCUAAUAAAUAUUACAACAAGUAAUCCGUUUUAAUGGC